AUGCAGACGGCGCUUCAUCUGCUGCUUCUGCUCAUCCCCUAUAGAGGAUAUGCGGUUGGUCCCUACUUCUCAACAGAGACCAAAGCAGUCGGACAAAUUGUAUCUCUAAGCUGUCCCUAUCGCAAAGACAAUAUUCGCACGACUCUUUUUUGGAUUCGACUUGUUUCUGGAACUUUUCCAGAAUUUUUAGCUCAUAGUGAAGCCUUUAAGGAAACCUACAAUUGGACAUCAAGCAAAGGACAUCACAUCAUUGCUAAACAAGAAGCAGAAAUGUUUGUUCUGCAAAUUAGUCAAGUACAAAAAAGUGACAUGGCGGUCUACUACUGUUUCAAAUGGACAACAUAUGUUCAGGAUGUGACAUUUUUGAAGGGAAUAUUUUUGCAGGUCAAAGACUUUCCAGAAGCAGAACCCUCUGUCCUUACAGUCACUCAAGACAUGAGGACUGAUGGGAGCCAAUCAGGACAGUCUGUGACCUUAAAGUGCUCGGUCUUCCCUCAUUCUGAGAAUCAAACUUGUUUUGAUGGGCACAAAAUUUACUGGUUCCGAACUGAAAAAAAUGGCCCACAUCCCAGCUUCAUUUACACUCGAGAAGAAUGUGAAAAGAAUACAGGUGGCUCAAUGCGGAAAUGUGUUCAAUCGUUCUCGAAGAACAUCAGCUCCUCCGAUGCUGGAAAUUACUUGUGUGCAGUGGCCACAUGUGGGGAGAUUUUUAUGAAACACACACAAAAAAUCUUCACUGAAGGUCCUGUAAAUAUUUUGGAAAAAGUCCAAAUAACUUGAAUUGCUGUAAAACUUUGGUACUCCUAUCAUCAAAUUCAGAUGUCUGCAGCUGCGAGUUACUAACCUCUAUUAACAUCAUCUUGGGAGCUGCUUUGGCCUUAAGCUUCAUUCUGUUAGUCUUCCUCAUAUGCAACCUCAAGACCAAACAAUGUUUUUGUUUCAAGGCUUGUCCACAAACAUGGAGUAAAAGAUCCAAUCGUGUACAGAAGAGAGAGGAAGAUUCUUUGGUUUACUCGGCCCCAACUAUUGUUGCCAGGAAAAGCGGCAAAUCGAAGAAGACCGAGGAGGAAUUCAGCACAUAUACUGAUGUCAGACUUCGGGAAUCCUAACGUGACAAAAUUGAUCUGUCG